AAACAUAAAAUAGAGAAAAGAAACGAGAGAAGCUGCCUCUGUGGACUUCGGUGAAGAGAAACCCUAAUGGCGAUUCCCGACCACCGGAAUGGGCCGACUCCCCCAUCACCCUAGCCGAUCCUACGCGAUGAUCCAUGAACGGCGGCCGGGUCGUGCAGAUGUUCUCCUCCUCUAUGGCCCUGGCUCCGCAGUCGCAGCCGCCGCCGCCGCCACUCUCGCUCCAUUCCCAUCCUUCUUCCUCCCUCUCGCUCGGCCUCCAUCCCCUUCCCCUCCUCCCUGCUCCUGCCGCCCGCCACCCUUCGGGGCACGACUCCGUGGAGCACGUGGUGCCGCCCGUCGCGAAGGUGAAGUUGGAGGACAUUGUGCCGUUCGAGGGGGUAGCCGAUGGGGUGUACUUGAAGGCGGUGGAGGAACUGUCAGGGUCUCUGAUGAGGCACAACGCCGUGCUGAUUGAGCUUGGUUCGGACGAAGCUGUGAUUUUGAAAUGUGCGCUGGACUCGGCGAGGACUUGCUUCAAGGCCAGGGCCAUGUGCAAUGGUGCGGGCGUCGGAGUUCAUGUUUGUGGGAAGUCAGGCAAGGGUGUUUAUACCUACCGUGCUGGAAGGACUUUGGAAGAUGGAGACUUAACUCCUGCAUGCAUGGGAGAUGCCUUUAGAUGUAUGGGAAAGGCAGCUCGUGCUGCACUUUGUGCGGUAGCAAGACAUCUUCGGCUCCGAAGCGAUGUUUUUAACCAUUUGCUUGAUGAUACACCCUUGCCUGCUACUGAAGUUUCAUCAUCAGUUCUGAUUGCCUCCUGUUCUCAAGCUUCAUACUGUAAUGGCAAGGACCAAGUUGGAGGUGGAAAGUCUUCCAUCACUGAAGUUGAAAAAGGUUUUUUGACAUUAAUUGCUUCUGACAGUCCUGGGAUUCAGGUUUGCGAUCCAAAUGAUCGUUGGUUCUUAGCUGAUGGGAGUUCAGGUCCUGGCAAUCUAUUACUACUAACUGGAAGGGCUCUAAGCCAUGCUACCGCUGGACUUCGUCCAGCUGCCUCAUAUAGAAUGGUUCCUGAGAGUUUUCCUAGCUCCAUAAGCCGGGGAAGGUCAUCGCUGACAUUUAAGCUCAUGCCUCAGCGUAAUGCAAUAUUGGAUUGUUCACCAAUUGCUGCAGCUGGACAUGUUAUACCACAGAGUUACCAACCAAUAUUAGCAAGCCAAUUAAUGGAUGACUUAUCUACCGAAGAUGAUCUCAUGUGCAAUUAUCCUGAUAAUGUCUAUGAAACUCAAACCGACCUUGUUAAGGAACCAUCUCUCAGAAGCAUACUUUCAGAUCCUUUGUCAGGUGCAUUUCUUGAGGAUGCUAUGGUUGUUUCUUGUGGGCAUUCUUUUGGCGGUCAUAUGCUGAAGAAAGUAAUAGAAAUGGCCAGAUGUAAUAUAUGCAAUGAAGAGAUAGAGGCAGACACGUUGGUCCCUAAUUAUGCUUUGCAGGCUGCAGCUUCGACAGUAAAGCUGGAGGAUGAUAGGAAACUCUUCCAUAAUGCUACUCUGCGCAAACGUAGGAAGGAAGUUGGUGAACAAAUGGAAGCAGUGAAGAGAUUAUCCAAAGUUCAUGUCUUUUGGAUUAAUAAUACCCAUUCAUUCAUUUUUUCUUUCUUUUCCUAUAUGUUGUUAAUUUGUCUACAGGACAAUGGGGAGAUUGCGACAGAGUAUGACAGUACCAGACACCUGAAGGGAGUUCAAUAUCCAUUUGUAGUCAAUGAGAAAGUUUUGAUUAAAGGAAACAAGAGAACUCCUGAUAAAUUUGUGGGACGGGAAGCAAUAGUUACGUCUCAAUGUUUGAAUGGCUGGUACUUGCUCAAGAUUCUCGGCAGUGGAGAAAGUGUACGUUUACAGUAUCGCUCUCUUCAGAAACUUCAAAGUUCUCAUAGGGACGAUAGAGCACAAUCACAACCCUUGAUGAAAAACAGCAGCUGAGUUACAUGACGUGAAACUACUAUGGUUGCAACGUGGCUAAGGCCUUUCUGAUAUAGCGUUUGUUCGCUUGCCUCCCCCCCUCUUUUCUUUUGUCCAGGUUUCACGUGUACACUAAGCCUGAAAUCUUUGUCUUACAAUAGAAACGGAAAUGUUGUGUCGAAGGGCAGUCCUCAUUAUAUAAAGAAGCAAAUAUGUUGAUAA